UGCCUAACGGAACCGCUUAUAACAUGGCUAAGUUAUAUCUAUUGGCCUACUUUUUUACCGUAGUCUUUACGGGAUGGAGCCCUGCCCUCAGUGAAGAAAAUCAAGCAAUCAAAACUAGAGUACCAAGGACUUUACAUGGCAAACUAUGUCAUAAACUUGGCAUAUGUGGUGGUCACCAAGGAGGGCACGAUAAUCACCAAGGAGGAUAUGGUGGUCAUCAAGGAGGAUACAGUGGUCAGCAAGGAGGAUACGGCGGACACCAAGGAGGUUUUUAUCCUUACCCACCGAUAAAUAUUGGAAUCAGUCAAUCUCAAUCAUCCGCAAGCGCUGGGGGCGGCGGCUUCGGUAGUUCAAGUUAUCCUAACAACUAUCAGUAUAACGGAGGAUACCCGAAUAAAGGAGGAUACAACGGUCACAAGAGACCAGGUUACUUUGGCAAUGGUUACGGUUCCUAUAAUAACCAAUUUAAUGGGAACUAUUAUGGAGGGCAGUCUGGACAAGGAGGUGGAGGAUAUGGUUUCCAAAGACCUUUCGGAAAUAACGAUGACUAUGAAGACUAUGGCGAUUACAGUAGAUCGGCUAAAAGCAAGGACUGA